AAAUUCAGUGUUUUUUGCAUAGACUUAUAACAUAUGUUUUAGGUUCCUAGGUUUUUCGUUUUUCGUUUUUACGUAUCAAGAAAUUAGGAUCGCUUUGGACCUCCGUGAGUAAUUUGUAUUCUGUGCUUUGGACUCUAGACCGCCGCGGCCCGCGGUCUAGUUCUGCAUCGUGAGCUGUGACUGGAUAUAACAUUGAAAAUAAAAUAAAACGUACUACGUGUCAAGAAAUUCGAUUUUAACAAUGGACCCCGUGGCUGUGUCCUACCACCAGAAAAAGAUGUUCUGACGAGCAUGAUCUGCUGCAUUUUAACCUAUCAACUCCCAGAUGGCCCAAUUGGGCCGCGAUAAUAAUAGAUUUCCAAGAAUCCACUAUUGAUAGAAAGAUAACUUCACUUCGUUGAUUUUUCAACUAUCAUGUGAAUAACUUAGUAUAGUGAGUCAAUAUGUUAGCAAGGAAUAAAGAGUCCCGUAAACCACCCAAUAGUAAGAGCACUCUAGAAAAGUCGGAUUUUGUUACUAGAGAACCUAUUUCCAUUUUCAGUGGGAUAAAAAAUGCAAAGAAUGAAGAGGAAAUAAAGAAGCUUAAUCGACUUUUAGAGACACUAAGGGAGAAAUUGCCUGAGGGCUUUAAGAUAGGAGCUGCUAUAGGUGAAGGGGAUUGUUUCUUUGAUUCCAUAGCUCAAGGAUUGAACGAGCUAAAAGAUAAAGGUCUGAUAGCAGGUAGUAAAGGAUUUAGUGUAAAGUCUUUGCAGGAAAAUUGUAAGCAAUAUGCACAACAGGUUAAUCAAUCAAAAAGAGGUUCAUGGUUGGGUAGUGCUUUAAAAGGAGAAGGUGAAAAACUUUGUGAAUAUAUUCCAUACAUUGAAUUUACUGCAGAAGACAUUGAAAAUGCAAGCUCUGAUUCUGAAAUAAAAAUUAUAAAUUUGGAAAACGCUAUAUGGGGAAGACCUGAAGUAGAAGGAAAAAUGAUAUGUGAAAUGUGUGGCGUGAAAGUUAGGACUAUAGAAUUGAAAGAUAAAGAGAUAGAUGGAUUACAUGUUACUAAAGGUAAGGUAGGUACAGGUAAUAAUAUUAUUUACAUAGUGAAUUACAGGAACCAUUUUGUACCACUUCUUAGUAAUAUUGAAAAAGAUAUAAAGAGAAGCAUAAAAGUUUCUAGAGGGGAAGCUUACGGUAAUGUGGUAGGUUCAAAUUCAAUAAAUAUUACUCAACCUUACAUUUCUACACCAUUACAAGAUAUUGAAAAUUCCUCACACGAGCAAAGUGAUCAUUCAAAGAGUACAGGUAAGGAAAAUCAUAAAACAAGUAGAAAACGAAGAGGUUCUGUUACAGACAAAGAUGAUAUUGUAUUGAAAAGGUUGCGUGUCGAUGUACACAAUAUUAAUGAAGAAAUAAGAUUUGUUAAAAGUGUUGCUGGUAAAGAAGGGACACCUAGAUUUAAUCAGUUCUUAGAUUUUUUAAUUGAAGGGGAAGGAAAAGAAUGUCUAGAAGUUCUGAAAGGAAAAGGAAUAAACCUAUCUAGUAUGUCCAGCAUUUUAAGUGGAUCAGGAGCUGAUGCCACAAAAGCUUUUAAAGGCUUAUAUGAUCUGUGGUUUGAUAAGCAAGGAAAUAAAACACGAUAUUUAAAAACUCUAGAAAAAGAAAGAAUAAAUCUAGCUAGUGUUUCUAGUAUUUUAAGUAAAGCAAGAGCUAAUGCUGCAAAUACUUUUAAAGGCUUAUAUGAUCUGUGGUUUGAUGAGCAAGGAAAUAAAACACUAUAUUUAAAAACUCUUGAAAAAGAAAGAAUAAAUCUAGCUAGUGUUUCUAGUAUCUUAGGCGGAACAGGAACUAGUGCUGCAAAAGCUUUUAAAGACUUAUAUGACCUAUGGUUUGAUGAAGAAGGAAAUAAAACACGAUAUUUAAAAACUCUAGAAAAAGAAGGAAUAGGUCUAGCUAGUGUAUCCAAUAUUUUGCAUGGAGCAAGAGCUAAUGCUGCAAAGACUUUUAAAGGCUUACAUGAUCUGUGGUUUGAUGAGCAAGGAAAUAAAACACAAUAUUUAAAAACCCUGGGAAAAGAAGAAAUAAAUCUUACUAAUGUAUCCAGUAUUUUAAGUAAAGCAGGAGCUAAAGCUCCCAAAGCGUUUAAAGACUUAUAUAAUCUGUGGUUUGAUGAAGAAGGAAAUAAAACACAAUAUUUAAAAACCCUGGAAAAAGAAGAAAUAAAUCUUACUAAUGUGUCUAGUAUUUUAGGUGGAGCAGGAGCUAAUGGUGCAAAAGCUUUUAAAGACUUAUAUGAUCUGUGGUUUGAUGAAAAAGGAAAUAAAACACUAUAUUUAAAAACUCUAGAAAAAAGCGGAAUGGGUCUUACUAAUGUAUCCAGUAUUUUGCAUAGAGUAGGAGCUAAUGGUGCAAAAGCUUUUAAAGAGCUAUAUAAUACUUUUCUUGAUGAGCAAGGAAAUAAAACACAAUAUUUGAGAACUCUAGAAAAAGAAGGAAUAAGUCUUGCUAGUAUAUCCAGUAUCUUGCAUGGUGCAGGAGCUAAUGCUGCAAAGGCUUUUAAAGACUUGUAUGACCUGUGGUUUGAUGAAGAAGGAAAGAAAACACAAUAUUUAAACACUUUAAAAGAAAGCGGAAUAAAUAUUACUAAUGUAUCCAGUAUUCUGAAUGGAGCAGGAGCUAAUGGUGCAAAGGCGUUUAAAGACUUAUAUGAUCUAUGGUUUGAUGAGCAAGGAAAUAAAACACAAUAUUUAAAAACUCUAAAAAAAGAAAAAGUAAAUAUAGCUGAUGUGCCCGGUAUUUUAAGUAAAUCAGGAGCUAAAGCUCCCAAAGCGUUUAAAGACUUAUAUGAUUUAUGGUUUGAUAAGCAAGGAAAUGAAACACAAUACUUAAAAACCUUAAAAAAAGAAAAAAUAAAUCUAACUAAUAUGUCCAGUAUUUUGCACGGAGUAGGAGCUAAUGGUGCAAAGGCUUUUAAAGACUUGUAUGACCUGUGGUUUGAUAAACAAGGAAAUAAAACACAAUAUUUAAAAACUCUAGAAGAUAGAGGAGUAAAUCUUAUUAAUAUGUCUAGUGUUUUAGCUGGAGCAGGAGUUAACGCUACAAAAGCUUUUAAAGACUUAUACGAUCUGUGGUUUGAUGAAAAAGGAAAUAAAACACAAUAUUUAAAAACUCUAGAAAAGGAAGGAGUAGAUCUAUCUAGCAUAUCUAGUAUUUUGAAUGGAGCAGGAGCCAAUGGUGCAAAAGCUUUUAAAGACUCAUAUGAUCUUUGGUUUGAUGAAGUAGGAAAUAAAACUCAAUAUUUGAGAACUAUAGAAAAAGAAGGAGCAAGUUUUGCUAGCAUGUCCAGCGUCUUACAUGGAACAGGAGCUAGUGCUGCAAAAGCUUUUAAAGACUUAUACGAUCUUUGGUUUGAUGAAAAAGGAAAUAAAACACAAUAUUUAAAAACUCUAGAAAAAGAAGGAAUAAAUUUACCUAAUAUGUCCAGUAUUUUAAGUGGAGCAGGAACGAAUGUUACAAAAGCUUUUAAAGACUUAUAUGGUCUUUGGUUUGAUGUGCAAGGAAAUAAAAAACAGUAUUUAAAACAUUUUACUGAAAAAAGGAAUAAGGAAAGGAAUUUUUCUAUAAGUAACUUGUCUUGUAUUUUUAGUGGGGCAGGAGCUAAAGCUAGCAAUGCUUUUAAAGAAUUACAUAAUGUUUGUUUUAACGACAAUGGAGAAGAGACAGAACUUUUAAAUAAUUUCUAUGAUGUAGGCUUCAAGCCAAGUAACUUAUCCUCUAUGUUAUGUGGAUCAGGAUUUCAUGCUUCUCAUAGAUUAAAAAAAUUUCAUAGUACUCUUUUUGACGAUAAAGGAAAGGAAACAGAACUUUUAAGUGAUUUUCGUAAGAUAGGUUUUAAUCCUCAGAGUCUGUGCAAUAUAUUAAGCGCAUCAGUAAGUAGUUUAGGUAAGUUUCAUAAUUUUUGUUCCACAGAAAAAGCAAAAGCGUAUUUAAUCCAUUUCUCACAGGCAGGUUUUACUAUUAAAAAAUUAUCUAAUAUACUGCAUGGUGCAAGGGCUAGCGUUUGUUCUGCUCUGAAGGAUUUUCACAAUGUUUGUUUUGAUGAGGAAGGGAGCAAUACGCAGCUUUUGAAUGAUUUCUAUAGCGUAGGGUUUACGGCAAGUCACUUAUCCACAAUAUUAGGCAUGUCAGGAAAUAAUUCAGCUUCUAUCUUAAAAAAAUUCCACAAAUCAUGUUUUAAUGAAAGGAAUUAUUUAAAUCACUUCUUAGCGGAGAAAAAACUUUUUACACCAAAAAAUUUAUCUAGGGUGUUACAUAGAGUAGGACUUAGUAUUUGUUCUGCCUUCGAAAAAUUGCAUGGUUUUUGUUUUGAUAAAGCAGGAAACAAAACGGAUUAUUUAAAUAAUCUUAUCAAAAAUAACUCACCGAAUACGAUACUUAAUAUACUAUAUAAAAAAGUAGAAAAAGUUAAAAAAGCUCCUGCUGUCUUAGAUGAGCAGCAUAUUAGCGAAGAAGAUAAAAUAACCAUGGAUUGGUCUUAACUCUUAACUCUUAACCCGAGUAGCGUAUCCGGUAGAACGGAGCAAGAACAAAACUUGGGUAUAAUAUGAUAUUGAAUGUACCGUAACUUCUUGGUGGA